AUGCAGCACAUCAGAGGGCCAGAGCCCGACUUUGGCACGACGCUCUCAUUAUCACGCUCGCGGUCUCGUUCCCGCAGCGCCAGUAUCUCCAGUGAUUCGCAACUUUCCCUCAUCCACCUUGCCCCUCCAUCCGUGAACCCGCCUCCGUCUUUCAUCGCACCGGCUUCAGCCUGUCAAAUUAUCACCUCAGAUCAGGAGUUCAACGCUGCCGAUUUUGUAGCGGACGACGACGACGAUUCCGGCGCUUUCGUCACUCCCGAAGCUUUGUCCGCCCUCAAUGGGUUCCUCGAUCACCUCCUUCUCAACAUUUUAGCAGCUGCAAAGUCGACGCAGCUAGCGUCAAUUCGACCUGCUGUUGCAGACGUACUGAAACCACGACUGGCGAAUCUGGUCGUUUCCGUUGCUGAAGAGGAAUUGGGCGAGUACCUUGGAGAUGAGAGUGACAGCGAGUUUCGAGGUGGACAGGACCCGGAAGGCGAAUUUGAUCUCAUUCGUACCUGGAAAUUGACCCGGCUGCGCUGCAUGGUGUACACACGCCUCGGCGACUUGGAGGAGGACGAUGAGGAAGAAUAUAUCGCCCAGGAAGGUCUAGUCGAUGAGGAAGGUGCACCCCGACGAUUCACCAAUCACAUCGGCAACAUCACGCCUGCUGCCGCCAUCUUCCUAACUUCAAUCAUUGAGCACAUUGGAGAGCAGGCUCUCGUGAUCGCUGGCGAAACAGCUAGGUCUCGACUCUCAACCAAUCUCGUGGUUGAAGAUGACACGAAAGAAAGAGGAAGCAUGAACCGGCUGGUAGUGGAGGAGCUCGAUGUGGAGAAACUGGCAUUGAAUCCGACACUCGGACGCCUCUGGCGAACAUGGAGGAAGCGUACUCGUACACCUAACCUGUCUCGAUUAGCAUCCCGCGACUCUCUACGACGACGUGGCACCAUUGCUAUUGGUAUGCAUAGCAGGAAGAGCAGCUUCUCUAUUGCCGAUGAUUCUCUAUCGCCCCUUUCGCCUCCUCUCGAGGACCCUCAUUCUGAGUCUCAGCCUGAAACUCAGCCUGAAGUUGACCCAGUAUCCAUUCCUCUACCCAUGGGCAGAAACGAUAUCCAGGAAAUUGAGAAUGAGGAUUCUCUAGAAUUUGACACCGGCGAAAUCCGGACUAUGCAAGCUGUUGUCGCGCACAAAGUACGCCCACAAAGCCUUAUGGUUCUUACUUUGCAAUCACCGAAAUCGCCAUCCUCACAUAAUAAUUCGCCUAUUACCCCCCUUUCCGCUCGCAGUGCUCCUCCGCUCUCCCGCCAUUCAAGAUCUCGAUCUCUCCCAAGUCCGACAUACCCCUCUGAAGCUCCACCAGCAGUUGAUCCGGCCUAUCCUGUUCCUCGUAGACCAUCCCCAGCAGCUUCUGAAGAGCGAAGACGCCUUGAGACCAUGUAUGAACAAGAAGAGCGAGAGGAGACAGAAAAUGUGGAAGAAGGUAACAAACAUCGCAAGAUUGGGACUCAGCCAGAACACAAAUCGGAACCGUCGGAUACGUCUGACAGCCGUCGAUCAGAGAGCGUUGCCCAAGAAACUAUCACCCUCCCCGGUGAGAAUGUGACUAGUCCAGUCAACGCCACCGAAGCUUCAAGGCAUCCCGUUGAAAAAACUGGCGGAGCCAUUGAAGGUCAAGGGGCAGUCGAAAAGUCAACCUCUGUACAGCGACCAAAGCAGAAGUUGAGCAGGGAUGUUACGCGUAAGGGAGAACGACAGUUUGCCCCUGUAUCAACCAGUGGCAUUGAAAGUUCGCCCGAAAAGCAAAGUGAAGGAGUACCCGCUCUCAUGCAUCCUGUCAGCCUUAGUACUUCUUCAGCAGAACCAAGUGCGAGCCUACCUCCCACCCCGGCUCGUGAAAUUCGCCCUUCUUUCGACAGCGUUCGUGGGUCGAGGCCUGCGUCCAACUCUAGUGAUAGCGGACGCUCUAGCUGCUCACGAACUCAACAACGUCCCAGCGCCCUUAACCUAACAAGUGGUAGCCAGCGCUCCGCAACAUCAUCAGUCUCAAGCUCGGUAACAGAGCGUGCGGCUGUGCAGCGUAUCCCAGCACGACCCUCAACUUCCGCAACAUCAUCGCCUCAUCCUUCAAUUGUCGCUAAACCCCGUCGAUCCGGCAGCUUCAGCAGUGGCCGGGAGAAGCGCCCAAUGACUGCCGGUUCUACGACGUCGCAGAAGCUGAAAGGUAUCGUGAACCGUUCAGAGGAGCUUAACACGCGGCGUGAUUCGGAAGGAAGCACAUCUACUGGAGAGAAAGCUGGCUUGGAAGAACUUAUUCGCAGUGAUGAGACGCUCCACUUCACUCUUACACCUAGAAGUGUGAGGGAGAUGGAUUUCCCCAAAGUCCAGCGAUCAACUACUGCCGAUUCGGACGCUAGUCGACCAAAGAUAUCACCCAGAAGCCAACCCUCACCCAAACCCAGAGCUUCUGAGAAACCUAGGCCUGCUCCAAUCCAAGUACCUCGUGCAGCUACGCCACAAAGGCCCAAAGUAGGACAAGCUCGCGAUGCUCGACCCAACUAUGAAUCAUGCUCCGAUCUUGCACAAUUCAUUCGAAACUCGGGCCCCGCCAGUCCCCCAAUCCUCACCAAAUCAGUUAGUCGUCAGUCUUCCGAUGCGCAACUGUCAAGGAAAUCUUCUCGGGCUGAGAGUGCAAUGUCGGGCUCCAUUCGCGGACCGCGAGCGCAAGCCAGGUCUACCGCACUUCCCAAGGCUGAGGCAAACUCUACAUCGGAUUUGAUCGACUUCAUCCGUGAAGGUCCACCCACUGUUGGAGCACGUCGCAUUCCACGCACUGUCGCGCCAUUCCGUACCACCAUGGACUCGGACGACCUUGCGUAUGAGCAAGCUGCGACUCCAUCAAUCUCCAGCACCCAAGGUGAAUCGACAACAACCAGGUCCCAGGUCUCCGUGGGCUCCCGCACGGACUUGAUCAAUAAAUCAAGCUCCAAGUCCAAGGCAGGGCCGACGAAACCGCCUUCGAGGUCUUCUGAAGUUGAAGACAUGCCUAAACGAGUUCAGCGCCGAGUGCCAGACCCCUAUGCCCUAGAUUGGGACGAUGAGGAGCUUGAGGCGAUGUUGGAAGAGGAAGAGGAGAAGAAGAACCCGACAAAGCCAAAGCGUGACGAGGAAAGCUUGAUAGACUUCCUUCGCAAUGUGCCCCCUCCCCCUGAAACUCAGACCCAACCGAUUACCCCGCGGACCAAAACGCCAACCGGCGGUUCAUCCUCGAUGAAGGCUCGCUUACUCCGCAACGCCUCGUCUGAGAAGGCUCCCAUUUCAAAGGGGCCGUCUACCAAGUCUUCUCAGGCCUCUCUACGCCAACAGUCCGAUCAGUACUCAAGGAGACCGUCUAAUUACACGGUCAAAUCAGAGCGCAACACAGACGCCAUGUAUGGCUUGCCGUCUGUCUCGGAGCGGCAGACAGAUACCGGCGCACUGGCGGACUUUCUGCGCAAUACAGGGCCUCCCUCGCCCACUCGCCCUCAGCCGCCGUCAAAGGACACAAGCUUUGCUCGCCGGUUCUUCAUCCGACGUAAGAAAGUUGAAGCCUGA